AUGCUUAAGGCGGUGUUGUGGUUGUACUUGGCACAUCUCGGUGAGUCCAUUUUGAAGCAUUUUAUGAAGGUUUAGAGUUCGAUUAUUCUAUAAUAUCCAUGAUUUUCAUGGUAUUUCGUAUAUGCAGGUUGAUAUUUUGUUGACUUUACAAUAUACAUCUUCUUUUUAUGAUAUGGUUUACUUUUGAUGAGCGUAGUUUAAGAAUUUGAAGGCUUGUGGGAGUUCUAACUAUCAAUAAAUGUCGUUUAGUGUUGGUAUCUUGUUCAUGGGAUGGACCGAUUGUGACAGUGGAAAAGGAAGAGAAGAUACCAACAGUUGCAGGUAAUUUACUAUUUAUUUAUUCUAUUACCCAACACUUAAAUGUUACAAUUUAACUACCAAAAGUGUACUAAUUACUUAUUAACCAUUCUUUUAUUAGGUCAUUUCGACAAAAUUAAAGAUUAACGGUACUAAUUAACAAUUUAAGUACCAAUUACUAAAUUUGUUUUACCGACUUCUAUUACUUGUAAACAUGUUUGUAUAUGUUUACUGUACAGUAUUACUGUUGUCGCGACGUAAUAGUAGUACAUUAAAUUACUUUGUUUGUCUUUGUUUAUGAGUCAUUUUAGAGAAUCACGAUGAAGUGAAUCAGAAUCGGGUCGACGUAGCAGUCACACACGGUGAGUUAUUACUGUUAAGAGACAAAAAGUAAUAAGAUAUGGUAGAUAAAAGCAUAGUUCAUUCACAUUUAAAGAGUAAGAUACAUAGUAAUACCUAAUUAUAAAAAAAAAGUCUACUUUCAUAAUUGAAUAGAAUAUAUUUUAAUGAUUAUAAAUUGAUAAAAAAGAUAACUCGUCAAUUUAAAAUGACUUUAAUGCCAAAAAAAACCCGCCAUUAACAACAAUAUUUAUUUCUAACAUUAACCAUAAAUACUUUAUAAUAUAACACUGUAAACAAAUCUAAAAAUACUUUGGUAAUCAAAUACAAUUAUAUUACUUUAGAUGCUCCAGAAAGCAGCACAAUGCAGAGAGAAGUGUCUUUAACUCUAAUACCGGUUAUGUAUAUAGUCAUGUGUAUAUUACAAUAA